CCACUUUCACGCCUCCACACCCCCACGUCCAACAUCAAAUACACACACCAUCCGAUGGACUAGACUAAUCAAUCAGCACAACAAACAAAGCGAUUUGACAAACACACACAAUUCACACACACGCGACAAGGUAAGGAAGGGACGGGACGUACACAAAAACGGGACGUACACAAAAAGCGGCAGGCAGGCAGGCAGGCAGGCAGGGAAAAACAAACUUCUUCACUUGUCUGUCCUUCACUUGUCCACCUGCCCAUUCAGGAAAGGACAUCCCCCCACCCGCACACCCGCCCCAGCAGCAGCAGCAGCGCUGCCCUUGUCCCUCCCCGUCACUGGGCAGGACCCCUCCACGCCCCCCAUCAUCAUCAGCAUGGGGCACCCACCCAGGUGUAUUUCCUUGGCGUUGGCGGCGGUGGUGGUGGUCUCCUGCUCCGUCUCGCCCUCGCCCUCGCCCUCUUCCUCUUCCUCCUCCUCACACACCUCCUUGACCAAAUCCGACAUCACAUUCUCAAUAUUGGCAGAGAUGGUUGUGAUGCUCCGCUUGAACACCGCCUGUGGGCUGCUCUCAAUCUGCUGCCACAGGCUGCUCUCAAGCUGCUGCAGCUGAUGCGGUGUGUUGCCCACGGUAGUCACCGCCCGCUUGACCAUCUGGGUGAGCGCCUCCGAGCGGGCCGCUGAUGGCUUCCGUGAGCUCUUGCGCGAGAACGACCGGGUCAUCGACUUGGUGAUGGUCUUCUGGAUGCUCUCCGGCAUGUCGAUGUCGAGAGCCGACAGGGCGCUCUUGAAGGAGGCGCACUGCAGGGUGGCGACCGAGGCGGGUGUCUCAUCUGGUGGGGUGUGUGGAGUGGAGGGGGUGGGGGGCGUGGGGGCGGGCAGGGCGUCGGCCUCAUCGGCAGCCACCGACCAGAAGGCGAAGGUGCUGGCUGACGGCAGCACCGCGGGAAGGCGCUCGAGCACCGCCUCGAUCCACAGCCACAGCUCGCUCUUCUCGGGGCUCGUCUUGUCCUUUUUGGGGCCAAAAGCCGAACCCUGCCUUUGCAGCUUGGCCUUGAGCGCCCGAGCGCCCUUGGCGAGGUCGAGGUCAGCCGCUCUCUCCGCCAUGCUCUCCGUGAACUGGUUGAACAUCUGCAGGAAGGAAUCCAGGCAGACACACAUACGCCAUCCACAGAUCAUCCAUCCGUGACAUGUGUGGCUUUGCUGCAGACUGCACGCACCUGGCGAGGCACAUCCUGUGUGUGGUCAUACUGCGUCCCGGCAGAGAACUCCCUGUUCCUGGUGGAGAAUGCCUGCAGGUAGGCGAAGGCUUUGCGCCUAUGGCCACCGAGGAAGCCGUUGAUGUAGGUGUCGACCACGUCCUGGUACAGCGACGACAGCUCGCUGUCCUUCGGCUGGCUCAACACAAACUCCCUGCACACACACACACAGAGUCAUACAGAAUGCCACAUCCGCUAGCCACAGUUGCUCACUCACUGACCUCAGCUGCGGGCCGCCCUCCACGGCGUUGAUAAAAUCCACAUGGUUGGGCUGCAGCAGAGGGCGUGUGCGGUGGACGACGCUGCCCAGCUCGCUCUUAAAGUUCUGUCGGCCCAGGAAGGCGUCCAGCAGAUGGAUGGUCGGAUGCUGAGGGCCAGAUGGACCGAAGUGACCGCCGUAACCCACCGUCAGCUUCGCAACGCUCAAGUGCCACACCUUUGGAGGCACCACCCUGACGACGUGACGAGAGAACAGAUGAGAUGAGGUGACACGACGCUCUCGGUGCGGUGCAGGCUUUGAUUUUUUCUCAUACUGCUCACUUGUGGGUAAUGCGUGCAAAUGCGUCGCUCAUCCGCUCGAUGGACGUCAGCAUGGCAGGGAGCAGAGCCUUGACAGCGGCAACGUCACCUGAGGCAACAGCCUGACACCAACAAUCCCGCCACACACACACACACAGACAACGAUGGGCCAACCACUCUCACCACCCUCGGCCCUCCCCUCUCACACACGUACCUUCUGGCAGUCGACCACAAGCCCAGGCAGAUCGGCGGUCGCGAGGUUCAUGUCCGUCGUGGCACAAAAGAAGUGGAACUCGGUGGUCUCGCGUAUGCGUCGGGUCUCCUCGUCCUCGCCCUCCAUCAGCCCGGAGCACACGGGGGUGUCGAGCAUCAGCGCGUCCUUGGGGAUCUCCCACGCCUGCGCCCCCACAUACUGCUGCACCAGCGACGGCUGCAGGGAGGUGUUGUUGAGGCAGAGGUCCGCCAACGUGCAGUAGUUGAGCGUGUGCAGCCGCGAGCUGAUCUCCUGCAUCGGCUGCUCCAGAGAGGGCGGGAAGUGCGUCGACUGUUUCCACAACUCCGACAUGCCGUCGUCGCGGCGGCCCUCAUCGACGUACGCCUGGGCAAUGGUGUAGAGGAGCGACUUGGCCUUCAAGAGAGCGAGACCGUCAAGAUGGCCAGUCUGCUCAAUCGGCAUCCGCGCCACAGUCUCGCGAAGCUUGCCGUCGGCGUACAGCUGGGCCACACGCGGCCGGAGGGCCACCCAUGAGGCGGGCAGCACGUCGUCCUUCACCUCGUCGUAGGAGAUCAGAUCGACAUUGAAGCCCCUGCACACACAACACACACACACACACAAGCGGAGGGAUGAGAUCUGUCUGUUGGCACUGCUCAUCUCUUACCAUGUUCUACUGAGGGGCCCUCGGACGAUGUCACUACUGUCUAGAAUCUGCUGAGCCGUGGCCGACAUGACUCACCGAAACAACUACACUCUACCAACCGGUUCGUGUAUUGGCAAUCGAACAAAAAUGCAGCGGGAUGCU